GACAUGAGUCGUUUCAAGUUUGUGGCCCUGUGAAAAGCCCAGAGAUUGCUUGCUGCACUCUCAGAGAACCUCAAGAGACGGCUGCACAGAGAUAUUGGUAUCAACUUGACAGAUCCUAUGUUCAGAGGAAUUUAUAGGGGAGUUCAGAAGCAUCAAGAUGACUUACAAGAUAUAAUAGAGAGAGCAGUCCAGAUUGGUGUUAAAAAGUUCAUGAUCACAGGUGGAAAUCUGCAGGACAGUAAAGAGGCGCUGCAUUUGGCACAAACACAUGAUAUGUUUUUCAGUACAGUUGGAUGUCAUCCUACAAGAUGCGAUGAAUUUGAAAAGAAUGACCCUGAUCUUUACUUAAAGGAGUUGUUAAAUCUCGCUGAAAACAAUAAGGGGAAAGUUGUAGCAAUAGGAGAGUGUGGACUGGAUUUUGACCGACUGCAGUUCUGUCCCAGAGAUACUCAGCUCAAAUAUUUUGAAAAACAGUUUGAACUGGCAGAACAGACAAAAUUACCAAUGUUUCUUCACUGUCGGAACUCACAUGCUGAAUUUUUGGACAUAAUGAAAAGAAACCGAGAUCGGUGUGUAGGUGGAGUGGUCCACUCAUUUGAUGGUACCAAGGAAGCAGCAGCUGCCUUGAUGGACUUGGAUCUCUAUAUAGGAUUUAAUGGUUGCUCACUGAAAACUGAGGCUAAUUUGGAAGUUCUGAAGUCAAUACCUAGUGAAAAAUUAAUGAUUGAAACUGAUGCGCCUUGGUGUGGAGUGAAAAGUACACAUGCUGGAUCAAAAUACAUAAAAACUUCCUUUCCUACCAAAAAGAAGUGGGAAAGCGGGCACUGUGUGAAAGACAGGAAUGAACCCUGCCAUAUAAUUCAAGUACUGGAGAUAAUGUCAGCAGUGAGGGAGCAGGACCCACUGGAAUUAGCCAACACGUUAUAUAACACCACCAUUAAAAUCUUUUUUCCUGACAUGUAAUUGAUAUGUCCUUUCCAUUUUCCAUCGUGUAUGUAAAAUUUCAUGGUAAACCUUCUAAAGGGCUGAAUAAAGAAAUGCUCUGGAAGUUGUCUAAAAA